AACAAAAACCAUCACACAUACAUGCGGUCAGCUGCGCUGGCAGUAUAUAAGUCAAGCCCGCAGGACGGAACAACCCAGCUCAUCCCUUGUUUUUUUACGAAUUCCUCACGAUUAAUCAUGUCUAUCAACACCUCACCCCGUGCUCUUCUCACUUCAUUCUUCGUGCUUCUUACACUUCUCUCAUGCGCAUUAUGUGCUCCUGUUCCUGCCGUGAUGCGUCGUGAUGUCUGGGUACCCACAAUCAUCUGCCCUACAUCUGACUCUACAUGGACUGUUGGAGGGACAUUCCUUGUCACCUGGGAUACGUCCUCAGAACCUGCUGAGGUGACCAACCCUACUGGCAAGAUAUACCUUCGCCAGGGCGAUGCAACCCAAUCCAAUCCCAUUGCAUCUGGAUUCCCACUCACUGAUGGUCAAGUCGACGUCACGAUCCCUGACGAUACCACACCUGGGACGUACAUGAUCGUAUUAUUCGGUGACUCUGGGAACUGGAGUCAAGAGUUCUCGAUUGACGCAGCCACAUAAGCUGCUUGCAGAAGUUUUUGUCGAUGUAACAAAAUCUCAGACGAGAUUGGCGUAUGAUUUGAUGAUUGGUGGACUCAACGAUGGACUUAGGCGGUCAUGAUAAACUGGACUUGGACAAUUGGCAUUUCAUUGAACUUUUUUUUUGAUUUGAAAACACUACUGUACUCUACAUUCGCAUUUUCUUUCGUAAACGUCGUGCUUCUGAUAUCACUUACUAGUGUACUAGUACGUUAGCUGUACUUACAACUUACCGUAGUUGAUGUAAAGGCUAAAACUUUUCUUUGUCCUCCCCAUUUAC